AUGGAAUCCCUUCCCUCUAGUUCUUCCAACCAUCAUCACCAUCGUCAUCGUCGUUUAACGCCAACUCAACCCCUUGCGGAUCGAAUAUUCCGAGCACUCAGCCACCACCUCCUCCUCCUCCACCGUCGCGAUGCGACUUUUUACGUGUUAGGUGCCACGUGUAACGUCUACACUGUGACUAUCUCCACCACCCCUUCAUGCAGUUGCCCUGAUCGUACCACCCCAUGCAAACACAUAUUAUUUGUGCUCAUUAGGGUAUUGGGCGUAUCGAUUGAUGACACGUGUCUCUAUCGACGGAGUCUACGGCCACGUCAUCUUCAACGUCUUCUUAAUUUACCAAUUUCAACAGAAGCAUUAGCAACUUCAAAAGUACGUGAAAUGUUUCAUCAAUUGUUUUCUCAACAACCGCAGAGGAGUUCACCUGUAAUAAUAAAGAUCGAAAAUGGGACGACGUGUCCGGUGUGUUUGGAAGAGAUGAAUGAAGAAGAAAAAAUAGCAGCUUGUGUUACAUGUAGAAACCCUAUUCAUGAAGAGUGUUUGAUGGCAUGGAAGAGAAGUAAUAGCAGAAGAAAAUCAAUUAGUUGUGUGCUUUGUCGUGCAAGAUGGAGAGAUGUGAGAAAUGAAAUAGAGGGAGAUAAGUAUUUGAAUUUAUCGCCAUAUAUUAUUAGUAACGUUGAAAAUGAAAUAGGUGAAAAUCAUCAACAUCGUUGUAGAGAUUAAUAUAUAGGGGUUCAGAAGUUCGAAGAAGCAUAUAAUCAAGAAUGAUUGUAAAUUGAUUUAUCUUUUUCUAUUUGUUAUGCAGAC